AUGAAAUUGGCGGUUGGUUUCUUCUUGCUUUCUCUGGCGCCGGUUUUCGGUGGGGAGUUGUCUGAUGUGCUGAACAAGCUCAAGCAGGCCCGACAAGACGAGCAAAUCGAGCAUCCUUAUCGAACGGUGGUGAAGGAUGUGGUGGAUGGGCUCAAGUUGAAAUUAGAGUCGGGUGCAUCCAACAAGGGGCUGAGAGGGGUUCAGCAGUUGUUGCAUCAGGAGGACCACGCUGCCCGCAAGGCUGAGAAACGUUCGAAGAAAUUAGGGGCUACAAUGGACGCAAUAGAGGAUGACUUAUGGGUGGAAGAGGCGAUAGAGGAGGGUGGUGAUGCUGCCCAAUCUGACGUCGAUUCUGAUGUUAGCUCUGAAUCUAAGUCUGGGGGUUUCAAUGCCAGCAAAUCUGCGGGUGCUUGGGAUGAAGAUUGGGUCGAUUGGGAAGGAGAGUGGGUGAAUGAAUUAAAAUUUUUAUGA